AUGGCGGAUCCGUUGAGCUUGCUGCGGCAGUUCAAUGUCAACAAAAAAGACAUCGCCGAGAAGAAUUCUCAAAUAAUAUUCGAUGAGUACUCAUGGCCGAAGACCGUAAAGACCAACUACCUCGUUUGGGGGUCCGGUAAAGAUGGGGCACCCCGGGAAUACUACACGCUGCAGUGCCUGCUCUUUCUUCUCAGAAAUGUACAUUUGUCUCACCCGGUGUACGUGCGACAGGCCGCUGCUGAAAACAUUCCUGUUGUCAGGCGUCCUGACAGAAAGGACAUCCUUGCCUACCUGAAUGGGGAGACGGCUACAUCUGCCAACAUUGACAAGAGUGCUCCCAUUGAGAUACCUACACAAGUGAAAAAAACAGCCGAGGAGCCUCAGAAUGAAGUGGUCAAGAAGCCACGUCUUGAGGAGACUCAAAUGCAGCGUGCUAAGGAGCAGUUUUCAGCACGGUUGGAUGCUCCCAAGGAGGCGCCUGUGGUCACUGAACAGAUCAGGUCUUUGUCUGAGGCUAUGUCUGUGGAAAAGAUUGCAGCUAUCAAGGCAAAACGCUUGGCAAAAAAGCGGGCCACCAUCAAAGGGGACGAUGACCUUGGCCUUGCCGACAUGCAGGGCAUUCUCGAGUAUGAUGUAGACGUCACACGUGAUAUCCUGAGUCGUGAGCGCCAGUGGCGCACCCGGACUACCGUGCUCCAGAGUGCUGCAAAGAAUUUCGCCAAGUCCAUUUUCCCAAUCCUCCAGUCAAUCAAAAUGCGGGAGGACGGCAUCACCACCAAGCAGGCUCAACCUGAAGCCAAUCAACCACCCAAAGCCACACCAGUGCGUGCUAUGCCGCAACCAGCUGUUUACAACCGAUACGAUCAGGAACGUUUCAGGGGCAAAGAAGAGACGGAGGGCUUCAAAAUUGACACAAUGGGUACAUACCACGGCAUGAACUUGAAGUCGGUGACCGAGGGCAGCCACCCUAAGCGGCCUGUACCCUCGGCCACUCCAACACCAGCCGCCCAUGCCACCGCCCCUGUGGCUCCACCUGUGGCCCGGCCAUUACUAAAGAGAGUGUCACGGACACCUAUCAUCAUUAUUCCGGCAGCCACAACCUCACUCAUCACCAUGUACAAUGCAAAGGAUAUCCUGCAAGACCUGAGGUUUGUCAGCACAGAUGAAAAAAAGAGUCAGGGCUGCAAACGUGAAAAUGCAGUGCUGAUCCAGCGUAGGCGCAACAGAGGAGCCACCGUCUCGUACCGAGUGAUUGACAAUCCCUCUACCUUGGCCCCUGAGGAUUGGGAGCGAGUCGUGGCUGUUUUUGUACAAGGCCCUGCCUGGCAAUUCAAGGGUUGGCCUUGGGGAGGAAACCCUAUUGAGAUCUUCUCACGCAUUAAGGCAUUCCAUCUCAAGUGGGAUGAGAUCACUCUGGACAGCAAUGUGGCCAAGUGGGCAGUGCACGUGAUCCAGCUGAGCAAGCAGAAACGCCACCUUGACAGAGCCAACUUACUCAACUUUUGGGAGGUGCUUGACAGAGUCGAGUUUCAGCGUACCUGGACGCAUGAUGCUACAAGAAACGCAUAAUGAGCUUUCACAAGCCACUACUACCACCACCACCACCACCGCUGCUCCAACUACACACAUGAUAGUUUGUAUGCAGUUAUAGCUGAUAGCGUGAGGGCGCCUUUUAUACUGCUGCUGAAACAGAUGCAGCAUUAAAAAAAAAAAAAAAAACAUUGGUGAAUCUUUCGGUUGGCAGCCAAGCUCUUCGUCAGAGUGAGACACACAUAAGGAUGGCGUGACCUCAGUCAUUUCUCCCUGGCCCCUUACACUCUUUUCCCAUGAACUUGUUUAUGUCCGAGGUCACCAUGAUGUGUGAGUGCUACUUCGCUUUUUUUUUUUUCUCCCUGCUCACCCAGACCGAAACGGCUGUAGAUUGUUUUUUUUUUUUUUUUUUUUUUUGUUGUGCUUCAAGUGAUGCAGGGGCAUAGCUUCUGCAAGACCUUGAUUGCUCUGUUGAUUUAGAAAAGUUACUAUUUGGCUAUUUGAUUUUUUUUUGCUUCGCAUUUGAAGCUUAUUGUUAACAUAUUUGAGGCCACCAUGAAAUAUAUUGAAUAGUGUUGCACUGUACCAGGUGGGGUGUCCAGAUCUUUUUUUUUUUUCCUGCUCCCCCCCCCCCCCCCCCACUUUUAAUUUCUGAUAAGUCAAAGGAAUAGUAGCAACCUAGAAGUGAAAGAAAGAUUGGACCUCCCGGUGGUGUCAGUGCUGUCAUUACACCUUACUCAUACAUGCUUUCAAAGGCCUGACACCAAUAAGAUGGAAUUGUUCACCGUCAAUGCCCGAUCGAAUACCUUGUGGCCAUUCUUCACCUGUGUGAGCUUGAGCUACACCCAUUGGUUCCCUGUCCCAAGUAGUGAGGUGUAUAUUGCCAACCUGCUUGUUCAAACCUGCCUUCCUGACUGCUCUGUUUCAACCCUGCAUAAUUUCUUUCUAAUUGUUUGAUUACACUUUUCGCAUUUGGUGAAGUGUCUGACCUAGCUGAAUGAAUGAAAUACACUUUGUAGACUGCACUCAUAUAAUUUUUUUCCCUGUAUCUUUUUUUUCCCUCUUCACCUCUGUCAAUCUAUUCCUGUGCAAUUCUACCCAUUUCAAACCAAUAUUCUUGUUCAUUCACAUUAUAGCAAAUAUCAGAUAAUCAUAAAAUUUCACCGAUGUUAAAUGGAAUUCUCACUCUGCGACAUUCUUACAUUCUCAGCAGUAGUGGUAUUUUUCUGUUAUACCAGUUCAAUAUAUUUUUUUUUCUUUCUUCAUCCCCUGUUCCCUCCACCCCCUCUUGAUCUUUAUUGUUGUUUCAAAGUGUCAUGUGCACCUAGAGCUUGAUGGAGAUCUUGACUGUGGACACCAUCUAUCGCCAAACUGUAUGAUACAUUUUGGCCUAAGUCUUUAUUCUGUUGGAGCUCUUUACUGACACUUGUUUUGUUGCAUUGGAAAAAGCAGUCAGUGUGCUCAAGUCUUGUCUAACAUUGUGCCUGUGAGAGGAAGCCAUUUCUUUUUCUAUGUCAUGAAAGGGAAUUGACUUGUCUUUUGUAAAUGAAGUUUGUCUCGAUGAGUGAACUACUGGUCAACAAAGAGUAGCUGGAACUCGUGCCAGCUAGAUCAAACAGAGCCCUGGGACAAAGAGCUGAUUUUCAUAAUUGUACAUCACCGACCCAAGGAGAACGUGGCUCCACUUUUGUGGAUAAAUUACGUUGAGGAAAAAAAGGCUGUAAACAUUCUGUAUGCUUCUAACACUUAUCACUUAGAAAUAAAACAAUUGAUGGCUGGUAAAGAAACUCAUCGACACCUUCAUUCAGGCAACUGUUUUCUGAGUUGUGUUACAUCACAUUGACUUGUAAAAUAAUAUCCAAGUACACGUUAGAAUUUUCAUUUGAAACAGUGUACAUCUGGAAAUUAUUUGUUAUAUGUUUGUUUGUUUUACGUUUUCUAUUGUACAUUGGUAUAUUUAGUCUUAUACAUACAACCAUUUUAAAAUCACUUAAUCACACACAUUUGCUCAUACAGGGGCCACAUACCUUGUUCCGUAAGGACAGUGAAGUAGUAGUGUACAUUCAGGGCCUACAUUAUUAGUGAAAAAUAUACAGUCUGAUGCUGUGACUGUUAGCAAUUAUCUUGCAUAGUUUAUAAUUGAAUUUUUUAGGAUGCCCUGUUUGUGCAUCACUGUAGUUUGGCACUUGACGUCAAUAUAUAAAGGCACCACAAGUGCCACGCACUCUGGUGUAUAGUGUGCACAAGGAGAGUAGUGCGCACAGCUACUGUCACUGUUCUUUCACCAGUGGUGAUGGCCCAUGUCCUGUUCUUAAUGGAAUGUCUGUCAUCGGGAUAGAAUUCUUGUAUAUAGUAAUACAGUGCAUACCUGCCAAGUCCCCCAGAUUGUCUGGAAGACUCCCGGAUUUCGACCAUUUCUUUUGUUUGGACGGUUGUCGUGAAAAUCUAUCAGAAAUCGAAAUUUCUGUGUGUUAUGUGGUCGCACUGAAAAAAAAUAUAGGUCAAUCUGCUCCAGGCUUUUUGCAAACCCACCGCAUUUUACUAUUUUACCUAAGGCAUAUGGACGCCGCCAUCUUGGGCUGUUGAGUCUUAAGUUUUUUCUUGUUGUGUAUAUUGCGACGUGGCCAUGAAACAAAAAUGCAAAGGUUAAGAGCCCAGUAUGGCGGCACUGAAACACCACCGCAAAAUAG